AUGUUGCUGCUGCUCGUGCUCGCGAUCGCCGCCCUGCUAGCGUUGCUGGACUACGUGAAGAAACUUCACCGCUUCCCGUCCAUUCCGACCGCCCGGCCAAAUCACCCCGUCAUAGGAAAUGCACUUUUGUUCCGCGGAACGGAUCUGCAGGAAAAGUUCGAGCGGUUCAACCGAGUGUUCCGGGUGGACCGCCUCGUCAAGGGUUGGCUUGGCCCGAUGAUGUACGUAGGAGUAGCCCAUCCGGACCUUGUUCAGCGGGUGCUUACCGACCCGAACUGCUUGCAGAAGCCGUUUUACUACGAUUUUUUCUCCAUGAGAAAUGGACUGCUGACGGCUAAAUAUGAUGUGUGGAAGCCAAGUCGGAAGGUGCUGAACAGGACGUUCAAUACCAGGUUCCUGAACGACUCGAUUCCGGCUUUUCGGAAGUGCUCGCAGGUGAUGGUGGAUAGGAUGAAGUGCUGUCCGGAGAGUAUUCCGGUAGAUGUGCUACCGUACACAAUGCAGUGCACGUUGGAGAUGAUCUGCGCAACAUCAAUGGGACUAGAUGUGCUUGAAAAGGCUGACAACAAGCAGUUUGUGGAGAGCAUGGAAGUAUUUCUCCGAAAAAUUGCAACUCGAAUCUUUCAUCCAUUGAGUUACAUCGAUGUAAUCUAUCGGUGGACGGAGAACUACACGCAGCUGGAACGAGCUCGUCACUUUUGCUUGGAUUACGCCAAGCAUACCAUUGACAAGCGGCGAGCAGCUCUUGAGAACCAGUCAAUCUCGACGAAGGAGGAUCACGAGUUCAGACGCAAAAUUAUUAUCGAUCAAGUACUCGAGAUGGACGGUGAUGAUGAGCUGAACGAUCAAAACUUGCGUGAUCAGAUUAUGACGUUUGUAGCAGCUGGCAGUGACACCGUUGGACAUGGAGUAGCUCACGCCUGUCUGUUCCUCGCAAUCUUUCCUGACCUUCAGGAGAAACUCGCAACGGAGAUUGUGACCGUUCUACCAUCGGAAGAAGUAGACAUAACUCCGGAAACCCUUAAAAAUCUCACCUUCUUGGACAAGUUUUUCAAGGAAACCAUGCGCGUAGCUCCACCGGCUCCGAUGAUUGCUCGGAGCAACAUGGAGGAGAUCGAGCUGGACGGAUUUCGCUUCCCACCAGAUACGAUAUUCAUAAUGAACUUCUACGAGCUUCACCGCCGAGCGGACAUUUGGGGACCGCACGCGGACCGGUUUGAUCCGGAGAACUUCUCGGAGGAGCGAUCCCAGGGUCGGCAUCCGUUCGGCUAUCUGCCUUUCAGUGGUGGAUCCCGGAACUGUAUCGGGCUACGGUACGCCAUGAUCAACGCCAAGAUCAUGCUGAUCUACAUCGUACGGAACUUCCGGCUGAGAACGCACCUACGAUUUGAGGAUGUGAAGUUUCUCAUGGGAAUUACGCUUCAUCUGGCGUUCAAGCAUGCGAUUGUGCUGGAACGCAGGAAUUAG